AUCCAACACCAAAAUGGUGUGCAGCUGCCGUGUGAAACCUCAGUCGCAGUCCAACUCUCGCCGCUGAAAGAAGCUCGUACGACUGAAAAAUCCCUCAAAGUCCUUAGCGCCAGAAAGAGAGAAAAAAAAAAAGAUCGAUUGCCUAUCUCAUUUAACUCCCGUCGAAAAAAAAAGUGAAUUCAUUGAUCGAAGAUGAUGGACAUGUCAUCAGUUAUGCAGUCUUCACCUGGCCUACUGAUGGCUCACCACCACCAACAGCAGCAACAGCAUCACCACCAUCAGCAGCAGCAGCAAGCUGUUGCCAUGAGCAUGAUGCAGCAACAAAUGUCGCCCGGAAAUGGCAAGAGUCCCGGCGGAAGCGGCGGCCUCUCCGGUGUCCUCUCCGAUCACAUCAAGCGACCCAUGAACGCCUUCAUGGUCUGGUCGCGUCUGCAGCGCCGCAAAAUCGCCCAGGACAAUCCCAAAAUGCACAACUCGGAAAUUUCUAAACGACUCGGUGCCGAAUGGAAAUUGUUGAACGAAGACGAAAAGCGGCCGUUCAUCGACGAGGCCAAACGUCUGAGAGCUUUGCACAUGAAGGAACACCCCGAUUACAAGUACCGACCCCGUCGCAAGCCCAAGCCUAGCAUGGCCAACAAAACAGCGGCCUACUCUUUCCCCAUGCCCUACUCGAUUGGCAGCAUGAACCCGCACCAUCACGCGGCCGCAGCCGGGCUCGAUCCUCUCUCAUGGCUCUCAGCCGCCCAGCACGCCGUCCAGGCCGCCAGCGUCAACUCCACUCUGUCGUCAACCACAACGACGACCAACAGCAUGAGCGCCGCCAACUCUUCGUCGUCUUCAUCAUCAUCGUCGGCUUCGUCGGUGACUCCUUCGCUCGACUUGGACAAGAGCCGCCUCUUCGGCUUCCCUUCGCCGUACGGAUCUCACCAGCAUCACUACUACGGCAUGGCCGGACUCCCGGGAAUGCCCGGACUCGCUGGACUCGCCGGCCUGCCCAAUCUCAACGGCAACAACAACGGACACAGAAUGUCACCCGACAGCAAUUCGCCCGUCAGCCGAAUGGACGGAUUCGCCAUGAAAGGCUCUCCCUCGCCCGUCACAUCGACGUCAAGCGGCAACGGAAGCAGCAAUGGAAGCAACAACGGAUGCGUAGUCAGUACGUCGGCCGGAAUUCCGCAACAUCAUCAGCAACAACAGCAGUCGCCGGCCGCACUCUAUUCGUCUCUGAUGUACACCAAAGCUAGCGCCGCAGCCGCCGCUUCUUAUCAUCAGGCCGCUCAGGCCGCUGCUGCCGCCGCCGGAAUGCAAUAUCCCGUCGCUCCGGCCGGCUAUCCAUCGCUGGAUCAACUCGCUGGGCUUCGAAGACCCGUACCCGUUCUCUACUAAUCCAUCUUUACAAUGUUAUUU